UGAGCGAGUCGUCUUUGUUUUUUCUUAGCUGCAGUCUAGCCUACGUCAAGGUGCGGAUCAGGGACUCAUUCACUUGUUCGCAAGGAAGAACAGUUGUAGGAUGUUUGCAGUUGUGGUUUUACUAACUCUCUAGCCCCAGCCUUUUUCUUUUCGGGUCGACUAUCUGUUCUGCCUUUCAGAGCGCUAUUUUCAAAACGCUUUUGUAGUGUAGUUUUCAUCACACGGUGUCCAGUGUUUCCAAGUUAGAGAACGUUUCCAGGUAGCCUACAAUUGAUGGAGUUCUAUCAGAUGAUUUUGUGUCCGCAACAAAGAUUUGAAGGAAAUCCAACCGUUAACCUGCUCUCAUUUGGGUAGCCUCCCUGUUGUCAUGAAAACGGCAGAUCUGAGCGCCUGUCAUGGACAGAGGACAAAAAGACAGUAACGAAGAGGGCGCAGCCGGGAAUCCAGGGAAAAACUUUCGAGUGGCCAUUCGCUUAUGCCCCCAGCGACAUUGGGACCCACAAACAGACGAGGCAAGAUGCUCUAUCAAAGUGGUUGAACCGAACAGGAUUGUUGUUGACACUGGCCGGGGUCAUCAGCCCCAUUCUCUACUCUUUGAUGCAGUGUGGAACGAGAGCGCUAACCAGAAGGAUAUUUAUGAAUCGACAGCAAGGCCUCUGGUGGGGUCCCUCGUGCAGGGCUACAACGGCUGUGUCAUCGCGUACGGCUCCCGCUGCAGUGGAAAGACCUACACCAUGCUUGGCGGGAGCUUGACGGGCAAGCAGCGGGGUAUCCUCAGCCGCGUAGCCGAGGACAUUUUUAACUCGCCCGAUGCUUCCACCUGCAGUGUCAGAGUGUCCUUCUAUCACAUUUCCAAUGAGAAGAUCUAUGAUCUGCUGGACAGCCAUCCCUCGGAGGUGAGCCGCAUCCACGAGGGGGAGGACGCGGUGGUGCUGGAGGGCCUGAAGGAGGUGGAGGUGGGCUCCCCACAGGCCCUGCUCCAGGUCUACCGAUGUGGGGCCACCAAGAGACAAGCAGGCACCUCCAAGGGUGACUUUGCCAGCAGAAGUCAUGCUAUAUUCAACAUAACGGUGAUCAACACAAAGGCCAGCCUUGCACUGGGGGGAGGCCUGACAGCCAGCAAGCUCACUCUGGUGGAUCUUGCGAGCUCAGGGAAAGCUCGCAGUCGCAGUAACGCUGCCCUGGAAGUCAAGAGGUGUUUCCAAACAGUCCCGGAAAACCCACAGGAGGCCAAAACUCUCAAGCGGUCCCUCACAAUAUUUGGAAAUGUCAUCUUCGCCCUCAGCAUGGCUGGUUGCCACCAUGUUCCUUACAGAGAGUCAAAGCUCACCCGGGUUCUGAGGGACUGCCUGGGAGGAAACUGCCGGAUGUCUCUGAUCGUCACGGUGUCUCCCCACUUGUCCUCAGUCACUGAGACUCUAAGCAGCCUGCAGUUUGCCUCUCGGGCUAUGGCCAUCCCUGGAAGACCCGUCCAGCGCUCACAGCUGCAGUGUGCCCUCGUCCAGGUGCAGAGCGCGGUGACGGAGCGGAGCGUGCCCGCUGCGAACAGACAGCACACACACACACCGUUCAGCGGGGACAAAAGGCCCACGGCUCAGACCUGCCUGCCUCCCAUCCCGUCCGGCCCGUCCUCCCCGCCGUUCCGGCCCGGCCACAGGCAGCCGGAUGAUCCCGAGCAGAAAGCGUUCCUGCCCCAUCUGGAGAAACAGAGCCAGUGCGAGGGCAGCUGUGGCGGCAGCCACUUUGGGUUUCCUGCAGGAAGAGGAGGACACUGUCCGCCAGAGGAGCGGGCAGCAGUUGGAGGAAGGACCACGGAGAGCAGGGCGUCUCGCGUGCUCUCCUCCCGCCCGCGGUCCUACUCCAGCAGCCUGUCCGGGCCACUCCCUCUGCCCCAGGACGGAGGAGGAGGAGGAGGCGGAGGCGGCGCGGGAAGGGAGAAGGUGGUGUACCCUUCCCCACGACGCUCUGUGGAGAGACUAUCCGCCUCCUCCUCCGCCUCCGCUAUGGGUCCAUGUGCACCUGCGUCCCUCUCCAGCGCUCCUGCCGAGUGCCCCAACUGCAAGAGGGAGAGGAAGAUCAGGGAGGAGUACGACAAGUUCAUCGUUCAGGCGCGCAGGGACAGAGACUCCCUCAACCAGAGAGUGGCAGAGCUGGAGGCCAGGCUCCUGACGAGAGGAGCAGAGAGAGAGGAGGAGGAGCAGGAGGAGGAGGAGCAGGAGAGGGAGAAGGAAGAACACGAGCAAAGAGAGGAGGAGGAGGAGGAGGAAGAGGCCAUGGAGAUUUCAAGAUGUAACACAGCUGAGAUACCUGUCAAUGCAGAGGAGCAGACACCAGGCUCUGCUGAAUCUCCACAGGACAUGGAGUCUCUGAGAGAAGAUGUGGAGACUCCGAGAGAAGAUGUGGAGACUCAGGGAGAGGCAGUGAGCUCCACGCUCAACGGAAAACAAAAACAACAGCUGGAGAAAGAGAGCAACCAGCUUAAAGGGCAGAUCCUGGCCUUGCAGCGGGAGCUGGAGGUGUCCCGUGAGCAGCUGGAUCAGAGCGCAGCGCGGGAGAAGCUCCGGAGCGAGCGCGGGCACGGCGAGCAGGCCAAGGCUGCCCAGGACACACAGGGGCUUCAAACGCAGCUGAACCAGGCCAGACAGCAGACGGAGAGCUUGCUGUCAGAGCUGCGGAGUUCCAAGGCCGAGCACGAGAGAUUUAAAGGGAAUGUUGCCCUGAGUGUGGCUCAGCUUCAGAAAGAUAAGGAUGAUUUGAUGUCCAAUCUUGAUGAAGUAAGAAAAUGUUAUGAAAAGGUGAAAUCUGAGAAUGCUGUUCUCAGUGAAAGAGUGGAGACUCUGAAGAGAGAGGCGAACCAUGGUCUCCAUGGAAACUCAGGGCCCUCUCAUGUCCACACAGUCACGACCAACACUGAAAUGCUGGUGGUGUCCCACCACGUGUCCCAGCAGUGUUCGGGGGGGAUGAACACAGACAGCAAAUGCUGCUAUACCAGCUGCAGUGGCUUCCAGGAGAGACCUGUGCCUCCGUCUCCAGAGAAACCACCAGAGGACCCAGAGGACAGGACCGAACAGGAACCCAGUCCACUCAGAACCGAACCACCAGAGGACCCAGAGAACGGGACAGAACAGGAACCCAGUCCACUCAAGACCAAAGAUGCCUUCAAGCAACUGAGGAGGGAGCACAGCCUGUUGCUGGAUGUGAUGCUGGUCCUGUACAAGAGGGAGUGGUUCGCCCAGGAGGCCGUGCCCUACGUCCGACGCACGCUCAGCAAGUGUGGGAUGAAGGUGGAUGAGAUGAACUGA